CCGGCGGGGCGCCGGGCGGCGGGGAACCCGAGCUCAGGCGGGGAGCGCGUCGGCUGGGCUGGCGCCCUCCGGGCCAGGCUUGGCCUCGCAACCCCGGCUCACUUUCCGCAACCCAGCGGCCAAGGCAGCCUGAGCGUCUCCAUCCCCGGCCUCCUCCCCGGGCUCCGCGGCAUCUUCCGGGAGCUGAUGGUCGGCGGGGAGGCCGCCUAUCACAAUAGGUCCCGGGGCGGCCUGACCCAGAUGGAAGCGCGCGUGUCACACACGCGCGCGGUGCUUGAUACCCCAUGUUACCCCAUCACCAGAAGAGUCUGGGCAGAGACGGGACUGCACCGUGGGAGAAUCCGCAGAGGUCAUGCUGGAGCAGACAUAUUUCUAGUUGCAUGAGGUGGCCUGGACAUUAUUCUCGUGCCCCUUACCCCUACUUCAGUAGCAGGCAGUUUGCAUUAAAUUGGAGACCACCUUAUCUGUUUGAGUCCAGAACGCACUUUCAGUACUGGAAUUGGAGACCUGACAACCUGAGCCAGACGUCUUUGAUUCACCUGUCUGGUUACGUCAUGAACUCUGAGGGAGAUGAGCCUGCAUCAAAACGAAGAAGACACCAAGGCACCAUAAAACGGCAUUGGGAAUACAUAUGUAACCACAAUAAAGAAAAAACGAAGACCCUGGAAGACAAUGUUGACCCCACAUGUGAAGACAGUGAGAGCAAGUUUGACUUCUCAGUGAUGUCCUAUAAUAUCCUUUCGCAGAAUCUGUUGGAAGAUAACUCCCACCUCUAUAGACACUGCCGGCGGCCCGUGUUACACUGGAGUUUCAGGUUUCCCAAUAUUUUGAAAGAAAUCAAACACUUUGAUGCAGAUGUACUUUGUCUGCAAGAAGUUCAAGAAGAUCAUUAUGGAACAGAAAUCAGGCCAAGUUUGGAAUCGUUGGGUUAUCACUGUGAAUACAAGAUUCGGACAGGAAAGAAACCAGAUGGCUGUGCUAUUUGCUUCAAACAUUCCAAGUUUUCACUCUUAUCAGUGAACCCAGUGGAAUUCUACCGUCCUGAUGUCCCUCUGCUGGACAGAGACAAUGUGGGACUGGUGUUACUCCUGCAGCCCAAAAUUCCAGAUGGCACCUGUCCUGCAAUCUGUGUGGCUAACACACAUCUGCUCUAUAAUCCAAGGCGAGGUGACAUAAAGCUGACCCAGCUGGCAAUGCUUCUGGCAGAGAUCUCCAGUGUUGCCCAUCAGAAAGAUGGCAGCUUCUGCCCUAUUGUCAUGUGUGGGGACUUUAACUCUGUUCCUGGUUCUCCGCUCUAUAGUUUCAUAAAGGAAGGGAAAUUGAAUUAUGAAGGCCUCGCCAUAGGAAAGGUAUCUGGCCAGGAACAGUCUUCACGGGGACAAAGAAUUUUAUCUAUUCCAAUUUGGCCCCCAAACCUAGGUAUCUCACAGAACUGUGUGUAUGAGGUACAGCAGGUACCAAAAGUAGAAAAGACAGACAGUGAUCUGACACAGACACAGCUGGAUGACACGGAAGUCCUUGUGACAGCUGAGAAGUUGUCUUCAUAUUUACAGCACCACUUCAGCUUGUCGUCAGUUUAUUCACAUUAUUUCCCUGACACUGGGAUUCCAGAAGUGACCACCUGUCAUUCCCGAAGCGCCAUAACGGUGGACUAUAUAUUCUAUUCUGUGGGAAAGGAAGAUGUUGCUGGGAGUCCAGGAGGUCAAGUUGCUUUGGUUGGUGCAAAGCAACCAAACUUGAAACUUCUGGCUAGACUGUCGCUUCUUACAGAACAAGACUUGUGGACAGUUAACGGACUCCCGAAUGAAAACAACCCUUCAGAUCACCUGCCUUUACUGGCUAAGUUCAGACUCGAGCUCUGACUCUUCUUUGAUGACACACCUUCCUUUCCAGGGCGUAUUCUUCUUCGGAGACUGGAAGGUGUUCUAAAGAGUUUGCGUGUUGUUGAUCUUUGCGCUGCGGACUUUCUGAAGAGGCUACAUGCUUGGAACGGGUACCAGAGGAGACAAGUUUACAGCAGUUUUCUUUUUUAAUAAUGAAAGCAUAUUUUCCUGACAAGUGAAAUCUAAAUGCUCUUUAUUGUAAAAAAAAUUGUAAAUAUUUUUUAUUCGAAAUUCCAGUAAAAUAGACAGUGAUUUUAAAAUA